UAAUAUUUAAUUUCGGCUUUUUAAGUCAAGGAUUACAAAAAAUAUUUACCGGAAUUAUUCAAAAUGACUAAAUGUAACAGUGGAAACGCAAAAUUGGAUGCUGCAGUGGAGAGUUGGUUAAAACAUGAUAAGAAUCCUACAACACGUCAAGAGGUGCUUGAUGAUAUAGCCAAUGCUCGAUGGGAGAAGCUGGAAGGAUGCAUGCUGCAGCGAUUGAAGUUUGGCACUGCUGGUCUCCGCGGGCGCAUGGCCGCAGGGUACAAGUGUAUGAAUGAUGUUGUUGUUUUACAAACAGCUCAGGGUCUCCUAUCGUACUUGAAGAAAGUUUGCCAUCAAAGUCAACUUCGGAAUGGCAUAGUUGUUGGUUAUGAUGGACGACAUAACAGUAAGAGAUUUGCAGAAUUAACAGCAAAAGUUUUUAUAUCAGCGUCAAUACCAGUCCACUUAUUCUCAAAGGUGUGCCCCACUCCUUUUGUAUCAUUUGCCACCAUAAUGUAUGGAGCCGGUGCGGGUGUCAUGGUUACCGCCUCACACAACCCAAGAGAAGACAAUGGGUAUAAGGUGUACUGGGGAAAUGGAUCUCAAGUCAUCGGACCUCAUGAUGAUAAUAUAUUGGACGAGAUUUGGCAGUGUUUGGACAUUCCAGAUGAUCAUUGGAACAUAGAUGAGAUCAGAAAUCAUGAGUUAGUCAAAGAUUGUACAGUAGAAGUAUGUAACAAGUACAAUGAAUACAUCCGAGACAGUUUGCAUGAUGACGUGAGAGAAGUGAACAAAAAGACAUGCGUACGUACUGUAUAUAGUGCGAUGCAUGGAGUUGGUUAUGAAUAUGUGAUAAAGGCUUUUGAGGCGGCGGAAUUGAAAGAACCACUAAGUGUGCGGGAACAGCAAGAUCCGAACCCAGAUUUUCCUACAGUGAUAUUUCCUAAUCCAGAAGAGAAGGAGUGUCUAGAACUCAGCAAGAAGUUGGCAGAAGAUAACGGUAUCAAGUUGGUACUAGUCAAUGAUCCAGAUGCUGACAGAUUGGCUGUCGCUGAAUAUGAUGAAAGUAAGAAGUCAUGGAAGGUAUUCACUGGUAACGAGAUGGGUUCACUGCUGGGCUGGUGGAUGCUGGAGCAGCACAGCAAGAUCAGUGAUGACUCUGACGUCUACUUGCUGGCCAGCUUCGUCAGCUCCAAGAUGCUGAAGGCUAUAGUUAAAGGCAGGGGAUACUUCGUGGAAACACUCACUGGAUUCAAGUGGAUGGGCAACACAACACUGGUGUUGUCGCAGCAGGACAAGAAGACGCUGUUCGCUUUUGAAGAGGCCAUUGGCUACAUGUGUGGCUCACAAGUACCUGACAAAGAUGGUGUCUCUGCUACUGUACAGGUGGCAUCAUUAGCCUCUCAUCUGUACUCCAGUGGUACAUCUCUGAGUGAGCAGCUGCAAGUUCUGUACUCACAGUUUGGAUAUCACGUGUCUCACAAUGGCUAUUACAUCUGUCACGACCCCGCCAUUAUUCAGAAGAUAUUUAGACGUAUCAGGAAUUACCAUGGAUCAGGUGUUUAUCCGAAGAAAGUGGGUUCAUGUGAAAUAGUUCACAUAAACGAUUUCACUCAGGGUGUGAAAAUACCAGAAAAGGCAACUGGAGAAGCACAUUUAAAGGUGAUAGGCACCGGGUUGGAUCAGGAGUACAAGAAUGGUGAGAUGAUAACAUUCCGCUGCGACAACGGUCUGAGUGUUACAGUACGCACCAGCGGUACUGAACCCAAGCUUAAAUACUACACAGAGCUCGUCUGUACAGCAUCCACACAACGGGAACAAGAAGAAAUGAGACGGAAACUUGAAAUAAUGGUAAAAGAGUUUAUUGAAGAACUUAUACAACCUAAAGAAAAUGGUCUAAUUGAAUGAAUAUACUCAUUUAUACGCUAAUUUUGACUUUGCAGUGUCAAUAUAUAGACACUGUCAUAUCAUUAAAAAAAAAACUUUCUUGAUUUUAUUCUAGAAAAUAAUUUAUUCCUACGCACAAUUAUUUUGUUACAAUUAGCACAAAUAUAAUUUUACUAAGAACAAUUUAGUUAAUCUGUUUCAUGUUUUAUAAUUUUUUUAAUUUAAUAUGAAAAAUCGUAAUAAGUUUUUGAGGAAAUUAUAACAGACCAAAUAUAGACAAAAUAUUACAAUGAACUUAUAUCAUUUUAAUUUUUAACAAAGCCAAAGCAUUUGAAAUUAUUUUACAUGGCUAUAAUUUUAUUAAUAUCCAGCUCGAAGGACCGAUUAGGUCUGACAAAAAAGCCUGUUUCCAGAAUAC